AUGCUUCAACAUUUAUCAGCAACUAGUCCUUAUGUUUGUGACUUGAGCCGUGGCCCAAUUGAACCCGCAAAUCGUAUGGCAUCAACUUCAACAAAUAAAUUAACCGGCUUACUCGAACCAAAAGAAAGCAUUUCAAAAACACGUACACCAUUAAAAUUACUCGGACCCGAAGAAGUACCAAUGGAUACGACAAUGACAACACAUGAUAUUAAUGCAAGUCUUCAACCUGUUUGGUAUACAGAACAAACAAUCGUCGACGAUCAUCAUAUACAACAAGAAGAUAAUCCUUCGAUGAUUCAGGAAAAAUCUCUUACAACUUUAACACGUUCAACAUUACCGCCGAUACAAAGUGCAAAUACAUUAAUUGACGAAGAAGAUGACUUCGUUCCAAGACAACCAUCAUUAAUGCAUAAAUCAUCAACAUUCACUAUUGAAUCACCAAUGAAAGUCGGUUUGGCUUCAGAUGAUUUAGAAAAAGAAAAUAUUAUUAAAGAUGAUCCAAUGCCUUCUAUGACCGCACCAUCUGAUGAAUCAUUUCGUGCACUUGAACAUCUCCUAGGUCUUGGUUCAGCAACAACCACUAUGCGUGAAUCACCAAAACCAAAUCAUGAUACACUUUCAUUAACCGUUGUUACACCAACCGAUAUUAUUAAUUCAACACGACGAUCAUCACGUUUAAGUUUUGCGCAAAAAACUAUCACAGACAGUUUACCAUCAUCACAAGAAAUACCAAUAAUGGAGACAAUUGAAAGUAUCGCAUCAGCUAGUCCACCAUCGUUUCUUGCUGAUAAUACAACAAUUGCUGAUGAACAACCAUCAAUGACAUCGAAUCAACAAAAUUCAUUUGAUUUAACUGAAAGCAACUCCAAGAUUGAUGAUGAAUCAAAUUUUUCGUUCGAAUUAAAUGACUUUACUAAUAGCACAAAAAAUGAAUCGACAAUUAAUGUACCAGAACCAACUGCACCAAUGAUUACCAUGCGUGCACCAACAUGUGCUGAUGUUGCUUAUCGUGCUUUAAUUAAAUCACGAACAAACGGACGAGUAUCUCAACCAAUUAAAGCUGAUUCACCAUUAGCAACAACAAAUAAAGCUCGUUCAUCCGCUCCAGCAUCACGCUUUCUUCGUUCAAGCUGUCGUCGUAUAUCAACUGAUUCUGCUGCACAGAAUUCACUUGUUCAAGAACAAACGGCAACAAAUAACGAAUGCUUCAUUAAUAAUGAAGAUGAAGUCGAUAAGGAUCAACAACAAGGUUUUAUCGACAUUGUUAGUGUACCUGAAGAAGAUGAAAGCGAACAAGAAAAAUCAAUGUCAGUUACAUUAAAUACUAAUUCACCAAAACAAAGCAAUGCAUCUUAUGCCACCUCACCGAAACAAGCUAAUGCAUCUUACGUCAAUUCACCAAAACAAGGCAAUGUAUCUAAUGUGAACACGCCAAAACAAAGGAAUGUAUCUUAUGUUAACUCACCGAAACAAAGCAAUACUUCUAAGUUCAAUUCACCAAAACAAGGCAAUACUUCUAAGUUCAAUUCACCAAAACAAGGGAACACAUCUAAUCUUGAUUUAUCAAAACAAAUAGAUGAAUCUUAUCAAAGUGUAGCAAGUGAACAACCACAAAUUGGUUCACCAUCACAAGAAUUAGCACCAUUAUUAUCUCGUGAAUAUACAUAUAAUACACCAAAACGUCGCUCAUCUAAACCCAAUGGUUCCGUGUUAAACGCUACAACGAAUUCAACAAUUCUAACACAACAGAAAACCGUUAACGAAGAACAACAAUUCAAAUCGCCAUCAGUUGCUUCAAAAUCAAUGUUGAACAUUCUUUUAACUCAACCAACUGAACAAACGAUAUUAUCACCAAUGGAAUCAGCUGUCAAUUCUCCAGCUAUUGCUUCGAAAUCGAUGUUAGGUGUUCUUUUAACUCAAAAAGAAGAGCGAACAUCAACAAGAAAAUCAAAAGCAGCAUUAACACCUGCUCAGUCUCCAUCGCUUGCGUCAAAAUCAAUGUUAGAAGUUCUUUUAACUAAACCAAUUCAAACGGAACAACGAACCUCAACAAGAAAAUCGAAAGCAGCAUUAACACCUGUUUCAUCAGCUACUAAUUCUCCAUCAAUUGUUUCGAAGUCGAUGUUAGGUGUACUUUUAACUAAACCAACUCAAACCGAAGAGCGACCAUCAACAAGAAACUCAAAAAUAUUAAAACCUACUCCAUCAGUCGUUUCAAAAUCAAUGUUAAACAUUCUCUUAACUCAACCAACUGAUGUUGAACAAAGUGCUUUACAUGAUACAUUAACCACGUCAGUCAAACCAUCACCACGACGAACUUCACGUGGAACUAAACGUUUAUCGGCAAAUUUAACACCACGCGCUAGCAUUAAUCCACUUCAUUCAUCAACACCAUCAUCCACAACACGACAUAAAUCAUUACAAAUGGUUUCAAUUGGUGAACAAGAACAAGUUUUAACAACUGCUCUUACACAACAGGAAAUCGAAAUCGUACAAGUUGAUGAUAGUCAUGAAGAAAGCAUUCGACAAUCAACACCACCAAGUCGUACAAUGGAUGCCGGUGUUCAAACAACGCCAAGUCUUAAUAUGGUGACACGUCGUUAUUUCGAUAGUCUCGAUCAAGAAUCAACAUCGCUAUUUGAAAUGAAUAAAUCAUCGUCAAGUGUUAUGGUGGAAGAAAAACAAAUAACACCAUUACAAACAAAAAUCAUCAUGAAUUUGAAACGCAACGUUCGUUUUCAAUUAACACCAACAACGGAUGCACGUUUAACUGAAAAAGAAAAACUCGAAGAAACUUUACGUGGAUUAAAACCAGACGUUGUCAUUAAUCCUACACCUGUCGUAGCUCAAGUUGUUAAAGCUGAAGUUAAAAAACCAGUUAAACGACUUAAGAAAGCUUCGAAGCCAAAGAAGAAACUUCUCACAAAAAAGAAGAAAACUACAGCUAUUAAGAAGCCAAUUGAAAAUAUCCCACAAGAAGUUCAACAUAUUUCACGAAAGAAAGAUUCAAAAACAAAAGUUGAAUCUACACCAUCGAAAAAAGCUUCGCAAAGAAAACGCGCAAGCUCCGAAGUGGUUGUUGAAGCAGUUACUGCUAAACGUUCAAAAGUCUCAAAACCAGCUGAAGCUCGUGUAACAUCAUCAAAAGUUCGAACAGCAUCAGCCAGCAUCAAAAAGAGCAAAGUCGAAUCAACAAAACGACAACGCAGUGCAUCAAAAACUAAUGAAAAGAAGAAAGCUGAAACGAAAAAACAAAAACCAGCAGCUACUAAAAUUGCUAAACCAGAAUCAAAACAAAAUGCUUCAAAGGCCAAAAAAGCUGAACCGAAACAAGAAAAACCAACACCCGUUAAAGCCGAAAAAUCAGAAUCAAAACGUGCUGCUUCAAAAGCUAAUAAAAAGAAUUCAUCAUCGACAGAAACUGUUGCUACAAAGGUUACAGUCGAACCAACCAAGUCAACAAGAGGUGCUUCAGGCAAUACUAAAAAGGCUACAAGUCAACCAGCUGAAGAAAAGCAUAAUGCUUCUACGAUCAACGAAAACAAUAAAGUCGAAAUAGUUGAACCGAAACGAAAAUCUUUGAAAAGUACUAAAAAAAGUAAAUCUGAACCACAACGAGUCGUUCCGACCACAAAAAAGACUGAAUCAACUGAACGAAAACGAGGUGCUUCUAUUACAAAGAAAAAUAUUCCAGUUGAACCCACUGAAGAAAAACAGAAUACUUCGAUAGCUAACAAAACGACAACAGCUGAACCAAUGAAUAAUCGACAAUCAAGAGCACAAAGUCGUUCAACUAAUAAGAAUAAUGAAGUUGUUCAAAAAGUAGAAACAAAACCAACGAAAUCAGCCACAAAAACAAAGAAAGCUCAAGUUGAAAGCGUUGAAAAAAAGGAAGUAGAAAAAGAAAAACCAACUGUUCAAAUCGUUGAAUCUAAUCAAGAACAACGACAAAAGUUCGAAGAGUUAACUGUUGCUGAACUUAAAUCUCGAUUAGCUAAACAUAAAGAAGAUAUACCAAAAGGUGCAAAGAAAGCUGAUCUUAUCGCUUUACUUCUCAAGAAAGAAACACAUUUAGUCAAAGAACAAAAACCUAUUGAAACACCAAUUGUGAAGACAACCCGCCGCCACAAGAAAUAG